GCCGAGUACCAUGGAACGUGAAUGCACCAAGCGACUCCCCCCCGAUAAAGAUGGAGAUUAGUUCUUUCAAUUUGUUAACUUGAUCCGCAGACCAUGUCAAUAUCUACAACCUGAUAUCAAAACUACAAAUAGCCCUAGCUUCACUCCAUUCCAUCUUCCCCACCAUCCAUUCAUCAUGACUUGGAACCACCUUCCAACUGAACUCCACUUAGCUGUUGCUCGCUUCCUCCCUCCCCGGGACACUCGUGCUCUUUCACGUACCUCCCGAACCUCCUAUAAUAUUCUCGCCCCUCAAAUCUUUUCCGAUGUCACAAUUACAUCUCGUAGUGCUCUCAAAUCAUUCGCCAUGCACGUACCAGCCAGAUACGGGGCCCAUGUAAGGCGUCUUAGCGUCUGCACGAAACCCGGCGAGAAUCCAGUCACACAAGAAGUUGACUGCACUGAAGACCUUGCAACCAUCCUUGUCACUUGUUCUCGCCUGCGGUCCCUAUCGCUCUCGCUCGCGGCAUCACUUGAUGCAUCCAAAAUCACAUCUGUGUUUGCUACUCUUGCAACGGUUCAAAAAUUUGAGAUCGGCUGUUGGGGUCAAGAAGAGACUGCGCCUGUAUCUGAGCGUGUCGCAGUCUCCCUUGCCGCGUCCUUGUCAUCCCUCACUCAUCUCACACUGUCCCGUAUCACUCGUUCAGCACUGCAUGUAGACAACUGCUCUCCCCCGGGCGUUCCGUUGGUGCUCAACGACCAUGACGUCCCUUCUCACCCUAUCCUCGGAGAAGAGCUUUGCCUUCCCAGCCUCCUAAAACUUCCCACUCUCAAGUCACUUGAGCUGAGGGACGUAUGGAUCGAUUGCGAUGAGAAUAUGUGUGUGCAGGGGAAAGUGGCACAGCUGGAGCGUGUAUCACUCUCCGGAAGCAUGUACAGAGAUGGCCAAGUAGAGAACAAGGCCUGUUUGGCGUGGCUUCGGGCGUGCGGUCCUGUAUUGCGGUCCUUCAAAACAGGAAUUCCUUUUGGCGAAUUUCAACCAUCUACUUGCCUCGGAAAGGACUGGAUGGCCGCGGAGCAUGAAUCCGUCAUUUCCCCUCUACCUACUCUCACAAACUUUCACGUGGAUGCCGAGCGAGUCGCUUUGGAUGACCUUCUUCCCAUGCUCAAUGUAUUGUCCGCUUGUGAAAUCAAGCGGAUCACUAUCGUCAACGCAGCAAUGUGUGCUGCUCAGGAUACAUUCACACGGGAAUGCGCAUCUGAUGAAUUCGAGGAUUGGCAGGAUGCUAUCGAACAGUUUCUCACUUCAAACCAAUGGGAUUCUCUCAAGAGCGUGGAGUUGGAUUUUGGUGAAGGUGCUCAAAGGGUCUGGAGCUUGUAAACUGCGUAGUUUUUUUUUUGGGUUAGUGUGGAUCUUUUUGUUGGACUUUUUUUUUCCCUCGGGCUCCUGUAAAACAACCCAUCCCCCCAUGCCGAAUCAGGCAUUUCAUUGUAUACUUAUUGUUCAAUUGCUAGAUGUACUGCCUCUUUAUACCAAAGAUACCAGCUCCGCCUAAGGGAGCAAAAUUAUUCGCUA